UUUGGCGCGCGGAUUCGAAGCGAGAAUGGAGUUGAUGCGCGCGCUGCAGCGGUUGAAGCUAAACGCUGUAUCUCGCGUUUGGGUGGACGCGGUGUGGGAGUGCGAGUUCACGGACGCCGAGCCCCUGGACUCCGCCAUCGAGGACGAAAUAAAAGAAGACGUGAGCGUGUUUAAGGAGGUGUACACGAGGCUGCUGCCGUUCUCCUGCGACGAAGAGAACGUUCAGAGUGUGUGGAAUGUGUUCGGGGAGAACGAGGUGUCGGUGAAGUCUCUGAUCGCCGUCCUGGCCAGCUUCAUCCUCGGCGCUAAGAGCAAAACGUCCAGCGUAGAGCAGAGACGACACGCAUUGCAGGCCGCCUCCCUCUACCUGCUGCUCCUCAGGAUCCCAGGCAGCGUCGCCAACCGAGUGUUCCACCAGAUCCUGUUCGACACGUGCUUGGACCUUGUGCUGAGAUGCUGGCCGCAGAACUCGGGGAAGAAACGCAAGAAGGACACGCUGAAGAGCUCGCAGGGCGACGGGAAGACCGGGAAACGCCCCAAACCACCGAAGAAAGUCUCCGACGAGAUGGAGAUCGAUGAGGAAGACGAGGAGGAGGAAGAGGAGGUCUAUUUCUCGGCCCAGGAUCUAUUGGGUAUGCGUGAGGACGUGGCCGGACUCGUGAGGACGCUCCUCAAGCUGCUGGAGAAGUUUUCGCUCAGGGACAAACCGCAGAGCGCCGACAGCUGCGUCCGGUUGUUUACCGAACUCACCAACUUCGAGCCAGUCAUCGGAGAGCUGUCCUUUGCCGAGAAGCGUGACGUGGACAAACUUCAGAGCCUCCCCGAGCUGGCGUAUCGUGGCCUGUGGCUGCUUUGCUCCUCCAAUCAUGGUGAAGGAAACGAGUGUCGUAGGCGUGUGUUCCACCGCCUGCUGUACGUCAUCCUGAUGAUGAGGAAGGAGAGAGCCAAGCCGUGUAUGCUCGCUCUGUCGCAGGCCGUCUGCGCCGCCAGAGACCAGGCCAUCCUCUUCAUCAGUCACGCUGUGGACGACCAGACAGAGGCGACGCUGCCGCUGCUAAAGAUCCUUGUACAGCACAUCUGCCACCAGAUGGUGGAGAAGGCGGAGUAUCGUGCCAGCGGCGCCCAGUCCGUCGGGAAGCUUGUGACCAAGAUGCCUUGCCAGGAUUACGCUGCUUUCGUCAAGUGGCUGUACAACUACUCUCUGAACACCAAGGUGGCCUUCCGGAUGUUCGCCCUGGAUGUGGUGAUGGUGCUCCUGGCGCAGGAGGAACGGGAGCCGGACGAGGGUCUGGAAUCUGACCUGGUGCCGUACCUGUCACACCGCUUUCUGGUGCGCAGCGUGGUGUACGGGCGGCGCUCGGACGUCUCGCCCACGGUCAGAGCGUACGCCAUGCACUGUCUCGCUCAGUGUCUGGAGCUGCCCAGCCACAACGCCACCAAGUGGAUUCACGAGCUCUUCUCCUCCUCCACCUCAGCUGGUUCUCAGACCACGAUGAUGACCGGACGCUCCGAGCAGACUUUAAAGAGACCAGACACGGCUCAAAAAACAGCGCUGACCUUCCGCACCAUCGAGCUGUCCAAGCACAAGAGCCUUGGAGCUGCCAGCCGACACAGCACUGAUGACGGCAUGAGCCGCGAUGCCACCUCCAUCGAGUAUCAAGAAACCUUGGCUCUGUUUAAACAGCGUGUGAGCGACCCCAAAACCAACGUCCGGAAAUGUGCUUUAGAGACCAUAAUGAGCCUGCUGAAGCACGGCGUGAUCACGUGCAGCCUGGACAACCUGGCCAUUCUCUCCGAGCGCUGUCGAGACCCAGCUGUGUCCGUGAAGAAGAAAGCCAUGCAGUGUCUAAUGGAUCUCCUCGACGCACUUCCCGACAAUGCGGACGUCCAGGAGGCGUGGCUGAGGGGCGUGGUCCCUGCCGUGAUGGACUCUGAGAGCUCUGUACAGGAGAAGGCUCUGGAGUGCCUCAACGACAAAAUCGUCACUCACAUUAAAAGUCAUGCUGGCUAUCGUCAAGACAACGCCUCACAGAGGGUGGCCUGGGACCUGCUGAGGCUGAUGUGUGAUAAGUGUCAGGAUCUCGGGAGAUAUUUCAGUAAGGCGUUCAGCGUGUGGUCGAGGCAGGAGAAGUUUUCUUCCACGCUGGUGAACAGUCUGAUCUGGCACACAGAGCGCGAGCAGGCAGCGCCCGCCUGGCUUCUGCUCUCCAAAGUGGCCGGCUGCUGCGCCAAGAUCAACUUGGGCACCAUUCUCGAGGCCUGGGAUAACACUUUCAGGUCUCCGGUUGUCGACGUGGCUAUGACCUGCCACAUCCUGACCGUCCUCGGUCACGUCGCUUCGAGUCUCAACGACGACACCAAAAGCAGGAUCAUCGACGAUCUGAUGGCGUGGCUGAAGGGAUUCACUCUCCCGCUGGAGGUGAUCAGCGCCGGCGUCGACGCCCUGUUCUGUCUCGGCCAAUCCGACAACAUCAAAGACACUAUGAGCUUCCUGAACCAGUUCUGCGGAGAGCUAGUGUGUGUGUGCGAGGCGUACCUGUCCACAGUGCUCUUAAACGAGAGAGGGGCGGAGAAUCUAAACGAAGAUCUUCUGGUGAAGCACCUGUACACUCUGGGCGUGGCCUCUUUACACUGCCCUGCCAAAGUGCAAAAGCGAGUCUUCCUCCUCGUCCAGUCCAUCCUCACGACAUCCGAGCAAGCUGGUGCGGAGCUGCCAGGUAGUCAGCCUCUCUCUCAGUUCAAGCCCUCUUCGAUGCCGACAGUUGUACGCGCUCAUGCGGUCAUCACGCUAGGGAAGCUCUGUCUGCAGCAUGAGGAGCUGAUGUUGCGCUACGUUCCCGCGUUUGCACGCGAGCUGGAGGUGGGCACGGAGUUGGCGGUGCGUAGCAACGUGGUGGUGGUGCUCUGCGACCUGUGCGUGCGCUACCCGAACACGCUGAGCCGCUACAUCAGCAACAUCUCGGCCUGUCUGAGAGACGCCGAGCCGGUUAUCAGAGAGCAGAGCCUCAUCAUGCUCACCAAUCUGCUGCAGGAGGAGUUCGUCAAAUGGAAAGGUUCCCUGUUCUUCCGAUUCGCGGCCGUCCUGGUGGACCCCGAUCCCUCCAUUGCUGAUCUCUGCGAGUACUGCCUGGUGGACCUGCUGCUAAAGAAGAACCCGCUGAUGUUCUCCCAGCACUUCAUCGAGUGCAUCUUCCACUUCAACGCCUAUGAGAAGCACAAGAAGUACAACAGGUUCCCACAGACGGAGAGUGAGAAGAGCAGGUUUUCUCUUAAAGGCCUGGAGAACCAGGGCCAACGUUUCAGGAUCUACAGAUUCCUCCUGAAACACUUUACAGACGAGCAGCGCUUUAAUAUCACCACCAGAAUCAGCCAGGAUGUUCUGGCAUGUUUUGUGGACUCGGAGCUGCCUUUAGAUCCGGAAGGCGCUGAGCUCCUGGCUGAUGUCUUCGACGUCCUUUCACUGAAGGAGAUCAAGCUGACGGCGAUGAGCGGACCUUCACCCGGCGACGAGGCUCCCGAGGACGAGAUGGCGGCCGCUAAAGCCGUGCUGCAGAAAAAGCUCAUCUCUCAGGUGCAGAAAAAGAACUUUGUGGAGAACGUGAUCCCCAUGGUCAUCGCCUUGAAGAACAUGCUGGAGGAGAAGCGCUUGCCCGUGCUCAAACACCUCAUGGCCUACCUGCAGGUGACCAUGCAGGACUACCGCUCCGAGGUGAAGGAGCUCUUCGCAGCAGACGAGCAGCUCGCAGCAGAAGUGGAGUACAACCUGAAGACGUUUGAGCAACAAAAGGAGCAGGAGCAGGAGCUGGAGCAGCGGCUCGGCAGUUUCAUGCUGUCACCCAGAGCUAAAGGUAGCGCAGCUGCGUCUCCGGCUCCAGGUGUCAGAGCUACACCCCGCCCACCUCAGGCUGCCCAGAGACCCUCAAACACACCAAAGUCUGCAGAUGCCCUCAGACGACGUACCUUUGCUGGAAUGUUGACCCCCACUGGACAGCGACCUUCCCGCGGCGUAAUGUCUUCAGGACCCGCUAAAGGAGUUUUUGACGGCAGAGCUAUCAGCACGCCGCAAGAGAGUAUUAACGAACUGACGUUCGGCGAGCAGUUUAGCGCCAUCUGCUACGACGGAGCUGGCGCUAAGGAUAGUGAAAACAUUCUACAUCUGAUGUCACCUGAACAAGAAGCUCCAGCACCAAGGCAGUGGAACGUCGAGUCUCCAGUCGUGAGGAAAAGCCGAAGCAAGAGACGGCCGUUUUGAUCAUGCAUAUAUAUCACGAGGCGUUCCUUUAAUCUCUUCAGCUGUAUGUCUGUGUCUCUUUCAAUGUCUUCAUAACUUUUUUUAUAUAUAUAUAUAUACCCCUGUAUGUCUUUUUUAAAAUGUCCUUUUUCUAUGUGUAUAUAUAAAGAAAUAAACAAAUAAAUACA